AUGGAACCAAAGUCAUUGUUGCCUUACUUAGAUGCCGCCGAUGACAAUGGCGGCACAAUCAAUAAGAGCCCCAAGACGAGCGUCCUUGUCCCUGCGCAGGCUGCUGUGUCGACAACGAAGACGAACACGGAGAUACCCUCGUCGGCCACGGAGGCUAUCAAGGAGACCACCACCACGCCUCCGGCCUUGGAUGUAGUCGUGCAGACCAAAAUGGUGCCACGUCGUAAGACACCUGAUGGAUGGAACAAAGCAAUCCUGAAGACUGGCCAUGAGGUGAUGGGCUUACCUGCUUUCGUCGGAUGCCGUCGUUCUACUUGUGGAUGCAAAGAAUUGGUCAUGGCUCCUUGGGACGUGAAACAUCUACGUCACUUCUACUGUCAACUCUUUCGUUCGGUUGAUAGGAACGCGGAAGCCGAGAAGCUGUGCAACCAGUACUUGGGUUGUUGUCUUGACGUGCAAUACCCCUUCGAAAACAAUCCAGGACGUGGAAAGUGGACUUUUCAAGUCCCCUUAUUCCUUACUCAGCACCACGGUGUUGCCGAAGAUCAUUGCCUCAUGUACCAGAUGUGUCCUCAAAGCUUCUGCGAACUGUUUGGUCUUCAUAACAGCAAGCUGCAAAGGUUGAAGAAGAAGCUUCAACACAUCCUUGACAGUUAUGUCGAAGGGAAACCAGAAGGCUCGCAACUGUGGGAUCAGCUCACCUUCAAGACAAGACAACACGUGAAUGUUGAGACGAACGAAGUCAUAAGUCAGGAAGUCAUAGCUUACGGCAUUUCUUACUGCUGCUUCGACCCGGAGUGGUUCAACACCCAUGAACAGCGCCAUUCUUGCCCUUCACGAAAUCCGGAAGGUCAUGCUGUUGUAUUGCCUGCAUGGGUGAUGGAAGAGACGUCGAGGACUGUGCAAGAGGUAAGUACAAUUGUGUUAGCUGUUUGUCGCGACGUGUUCUGGGCUUAUCACCUCCUACUGAAUUCGAAGAUUUGA